GCUCGGCUCGCGGCGGAGCGGAGCGGGAGCGGAGCGGGUGCGGUGCGGUAGUCAGUCGCAGACAAGACGGCGGUCGGGACGGACGGACGGGAACGUGCAGCUCUCUAAGCCCCGCCACGCUCCGCCACGCUCCGGAAGGCAUUAGUUGGCUAGAGGCUCACGGCUCACGCUCCACGGGGCAGUGGGCAGGCAGGCUGGCGUGAGGGGUACCGCGAGUGUCAAGAGUGUGAGGCUGACUCCGUCAAGUCAGGCCGUCAGCGACCUGCCAGUGACUCUCACGGCAAGUCAUGUGAAGUGCGCGCGCGUGUUUGUGUGGCUGUGCGUCGCAGCGCCCCGCAGCGCGUUCUGCUGCCGCCCUGCGUAACCUCCGCUUUGAGGUUAGGUUCGUCUGUUUGUUAUCGUCGGACAAGUCGCCAAGUCGCAAGCAGCCAAGAUGCCCAACAUAAUGUCCAGGUACCUGGACAGCACGGCUGCCAAGUACAACAUCCCCAAGGAGUACCUGUCCAGGACUGUCCUGGGCACAGCAGUGUGUUUGUAUGGCAUCAAGCUGGGCUACCCCCUGAUCCAGCAGCUCUGCACAAAGACUGGGAAGCCUACUGAGAACGGUGUGAAAAAUGCCAAGGGGAAGCCACCUCGCAACGGCACGGUGGUCGUGGCCAAUGGAGAAGACGUUUCAACGAAUAACAAUGAUCUCGUUGUGCCCAAUGGCAAAGCUGUCAAGAGAGAAACUGCUUCAUCGAAAAAUGGUCGCUCUUCUCCGGCUGUCAACCAGGAGUUUCUGCUGCAACUGGAGAAGUUAAUACGCAUCAUGAUUCCUCGAUUCUGGUGCACUGAGACUGGCUUAUUGUCAGUUCACACAUUAGCACUGUUUACUCGUACAUUCUUGUCAAUAUAUGUGGCCUCUAUGGAAGGACAAAUUGUCAAGUUCAUUGUGCGACGGGACAUCUGGAAUUUCUCCAUCAUGCUGUUAAAAUGGCUUGGAGUCGCCGUUCCUGCCACAUUCAUCAACUCCAUGAUCCGUUACUUGGAGAACAAGCUGGCUCUUGCCUUCAGGACGCGGCUGGUGCGGCACGCGUACUCGCUGUACUUCAAGGGACAGACGUACUACCGCGUGGCCAACCUGGACGGGCGCAUCGAGAAUGCGGACCACCGGCUGACGGACGACAUCACGGCCUUCACGUCCUCCGUGGCGCACCUCUACUCGCACCUCACCAAGCCGCUGUUCGACUGCGCGCUCAUCGGCCUGGCCCUGGCGCAGUCCAGCAGACGCAUGGGCGCCAACAUCAUCCCCGGCCCCCUGCUGGCGUGCAUCGUGAUCGGCGCCACGGGACAGAUCCUCAAGGCGGUGUCGCCCAAGUUCGGGCUGCUGGUGGCCGAGGAGGCCAACAAGAAGGGCUACCUGCGCUCCAUCCACUCGCGCGUCAUCACCAACGCCGAGGAGAUCGCCUUCUACGGCGGCCACAAGGUGGAGCUGAACCACCUGCAGAAGGCCUACUACAUGCUGGUGCGCCAGAAGAACCACAUCUUCCAGCAGAGGCUGUGGUACGUCAUGGUGGAGCAGUUCCUCAUGAAGUACGUCUGGAGCGGCACGGGCAUGGUCAUGGUGGCCCUGCCCAUCGUCAUGGGCACGCGGCAAUCUUCUGAUGGCACACCUGACAGCGGUGUCAGUGAACGCACUCAGUACUUCACCACAGCCCGCAACCUGCUGGUAUCAGGAGCUGAUGCAGUUGAAAGACUUAUGUCAUCUUAUAAGGAAGUUGUGGAGUUGGCCGGCUACACGUCUCGUGUCGGAGAGAUGUUGGAUGUGUUUGGAGACGUUAGCGAGGGCCGGUACAGGCGGACAGCCACUUCGGCCACCAAGCAGAGCAGCAAAGGAUACGACAGACUGGAGUUUAAGGAUGGCCUUCCAGUUGCUAAAGGAAAAAUUAUUGAGUCUACAGAUGGCAGCAUUUCUCUCAUUGAUGUGCCUGUAGUAACACCAAACUGUGACGUUGUUGUGCCAUCGUUGACUUUAGUUGUACACCCUGGUAUGCACCUUCUUAUAACUGGACCAAACGGUUGUGGUAAAUCAUCCAUGUUCCGAAUUCUCAGUGGCCUGUGGCCUGUGUAUGCUGGAGAAUUGCAUAGGCCAAAGGACUGCCCUAUGUUCUACAUUCCUCAGAGGCCUUACAUGUCUCUGGGAUCUCUGCGAGAUCAAAUUAUUUACCCAGACACUGUAGAAGAUAUGAGAAAGAAGGGUCUGACUGACGAUGACUUGGAACGCAGUCUGUCCCUGGUUCACUUAGCACAGUUGGUUUCUCGCGAAGGUGGCUGGGAUUCUCAGGCAGACUGGAAGGAUGUUUUGUCUGGCGGUGAAAAGCAAAGAGUCGCAGUUGCUCGACUUUUCUAUCACAGGCCCAAGUUUGCCUUGCUAGAUGAAUGCACCAGUGCUGUUAGCAUUGACGUUGAAAGUAAUAUCUAUCAAGCUGCUAAGGAUGCUGGUAUCACCCUGCUCACAAUAACUCACCGUCCAUCCCUAUGGAAGUUCCAUAGUCAUAUUCUUCAGUUUGAUGGAGAAGGAGGUUGGGAUCUGUCCCCACUGGAUGCUAAGACAGCUAUGACUCUACGACAAGAGAAGGCGCACUUAGAAGCACAGCUUGCCGACAUCCCUGUGACACAACAACGACUUCAGGUGGUAUGCAAAGAACUAGCAGACGAGGAAAAUCGUUUGUCUUCCUCUACACUCAACUAAGCUAAAGUUGUAAGUUUCAUCGAAUGUUCACUGCAAGAUUCUGCGCGUCUUGCACACUAUGCUAACUAAUUCUGUCUGUGAAUGUAGGUAUUCAUAUUCGUUACUUUCACUAGACAAGUUAAAAUUGCCAUGUUUAUUACUAAGUAAUAGUAAGUGGAAGUUGUUUGGUCAUUGUCAUAUUAACUUAAGAGAUUUGUGAUUUUUACCUCAUAGGUAAGGUUUGAUACACUCUUAGUGUCUGUCAGAAGUUGGGAAACGAAAUAAUGUAGUCCAUUAGGAAACAGAGCAUUUCUAUCUUUGUUGUAUAUCAAACUUAUUUUGACUUGUGCUCCAUCUAUCAGUUGAAUGAUCAGGAAAUUGACUGUUCCUGAAAGCUGUUUGAUGUGAUUAACUGUUACCAUACUAGUCGGUGAAUGUGUGCUCUCUUAUCACAUGCACCAAAUUCUUUUUUCAUUAUCAUAAACUUUUGCUCAGAAUAGAAAUUUUGAUUAACACACAAUAUGACCACAUCAAACCAUUAAAUGCUCAGAAAAUUCUUUGCUUAGAAAUUUGUGUUAUUUUUUCUCUCUCUUGUACUUCUAUUUCCUGAUUAGAACAAACAGUUUUCUUAUUAUGAGUAUGAAUUUCUGACCAUGAAUAUGCUUGAUGCGUAUCCUUGAUUUUAAUAUUUGUACUGUGAAUUGUUGUAGUACGAAGGACUAUCAACAGGGUAGAACUGAUUAAUCUGAAUGUUUCCUGUCGAGUGGAAUGUAUAUAUUUCCAAGAAGAAGGAACUUCUAUUGUUGGAAGACAUGCUAAGACAACAAAAUUCAGUAAACUUUGUCUUGUGAAUUUGAAUGCAUUGCUGCUGUCUUUAGGAAUUUCCUGGUGUGGAAAUAUGCACCUUUGGUGCAUUGUUUCAGGGUUUAGAUUAAGAUGGAGAAUAGCUGGUCUUUCUCUUCUGUCAUUAAUAUUAGUUUUAUAGAAGUUUUAUUGGAUUAACUUAAUUGUGUGUAUUCAAUCAGAAUUGUAUAAAUUUUUGUAAUAUUUUGGGCUUUGCUGUAAUUCUUCUCUACCUGUAACUGUUUUGUUACACCUCUUUUUUACUGCUAUGUGUUUUUCCUCCUUUUCUUUCUAGAGUGUGUGCUUAAUUUCAAUCCUUAUGAGUAAGCCUUGUUCCGUAAAUGGAUCCUAGCAAUUUUCUACACCAGUUAUUUUUUUUCUAUUGUAUAGUCUUAUAAAGAUAUGUUCCUAUUUGUAACUUCCUUUCCCAUGAAACGAGAAAUAUGCAUUUGCAUAGUUUUAUUGAUACUGCUGGGAUAAGUUUUACCCCAAACUUGUUUCAUUUGCCAUGAAUUUGAAAUUUAUAUUAUGUGUGCAUGUGUGUGUGUGUGAGAGAGAGAAUGAGAGAGAGAGAGAGAGAGUGAGUACUUGUGCGUGUGUUUAGACUGCCUGCUGACCAUUUGUAUUUGUGACUUGGAUAAGCAAGUUGAUGUGCUUGCCUGUUAAUUUCCUACUGAGAUUCCCAUUUGUUGCACUGUUUUUCUGAUUUAGUCUCUAGCCGCAUUUAAAAUCACUUCUUGCCGAUUUUCAAUUUGUCUAGCCAACAUUUUCCUUCAUCUUUCAUUAAAAUUUGAAUGUUUGCAGUUGUCAGUUUGUAAACAAACUGGAAAGUAAAUUUGCCAGUAAAGCAGUGCAGCUAAUUAAAUUGUACUAUAGGAGUACUGUAUUACGUGAUAUUAUCAGUUUUCUAAUUGGGUUUAAUGUUAUUUUUGCAACGGAUGUUGAUGUGAUAUUAUUGACGAGUAAGUUUUAAACCAAUUCACAGUGAGUUGAAGCUUUAACUGUUUGUAAAUGUUUAAUUUAUGUAUGGUAGUAUCAUUUUGGGUAUUAUUACUCCAGAAAAAUGUGUGAUGGUUGUGCUCAAUUUCAAAUAUGCAUUCAUUCAAGAGGUACAGAUAAUAAAUGUCCUUUGUACAUUUUA